CACUAUGUUGUGGUGGUUGGCGCUGCGAAUGAAGAUGGCGGAUACAGUGGCAGCGGGACUGGCAGAGGGAAAGGAGACAGAACCAGAAGGAAAAGAGAAGGAUAAUUUGGCCGACGACGCACACACAAGAACGGAGAAGGCGAGUAGCAUCCCGGAAACGCUCGGAUUUUAUGAGAGGAAAACUGUCAACAAGGAAAGGAAGAGAAACUUAUCAGAUCUUUCACUUCUGAGGUUCAUUAGUACAGAGUUAACUCGAGGCUACUUUCUGGAACACAAUGAAGCAAAGUACACUGAGCGGAGGGAGAGAGUUUACACAUGUAUGCGGAUUCCAAAAGAGCUGGAAAAGUUGAUGCUUUUUGGAUUCUUCCUAUGCCUUGAUGCAUUUUUGUACGUCUUCACACUCCUUCCAAUGCGAGUGAUUCUAGCUCUGAUUAGACUGCUCACCUUGCCAUGCUGUGGACUAAAGGCAAAUACAUGCCCUUUCUGCAAAAAGAGGCAAAAUAACAGUGGCUCUCGUCUGUUACAGCCUGCCCAAGUAUGUGAUGUCCUCAAGGGAUUCAUUAUGGUUAUCUGCUAUUUCAUGAUGCAUUAUGUGGACUAUUCCAUGAUGUACCACCUGAUCAGAGGACAGUCAGUCAUUAAAUUAUACAUCAUCUACAACAUGCUGGAGGUUGCAGACAGGCUUUUCUCAUCGUUUGGUCAAGACAUUUUAGAUGCUUUAUACUGGACGGCAACAGAGCCUAAAGAAAAAAAACGAGCGCAUAUUGGAGUCAUACCUCAUUUCUUCAUGGCUGUGUUUUAUGUGUUUUUACAUGCUAUUCUGAUACUGGUGCAAGCAACGACUCUUAAUGUUGCUUUCAAUUCCCACAACAAGUCCUUGCUUACUAUCAUGAUGUCAAAUAAUUUUGUGGAAAUAAAAGGGAGCGUAUUUAAGAAAUUUGAGAAGAAUAAUUUGUUCCAGAUGUCAAACAGUGAUAUCAAAGAGAGGUUUACAAAUUAUGUACUUCUGCUAAUUGUAUGUCUUAGAAAUAUGGAACAGUUUUCCUGGAAUCCGGAUCACUUAUGGGUACUAUUUCCAGAUGUGUGUAUGGUCAUCGCCUCAGAGAUUACUGUGGAUAUUGUGAAACAUGCUUUCAUAACAAAGUUUAAUGACAUUACAGCAGAUGUUUAUAGUGAAUAUAGAACCAGCCUUGCUUUUGAACUUGUAAGCAGUCGACAGAAAAAUGCAUAUACAGAUUAUAGUGAUUCUGUGUCUAGAAGAAUGGGAUUUAUUCCUUUACCUCUUGCAGUACUACUAACAAGAGUUGUCACAAGUUCUGUAAAAGUACAAGGUUCGUUGGCAUUCAUCUGUGUUCUGCUCUUCUAUCUUGGGUUGAUAACACUUAAAGUUUUGAACAGCAUAGUUUUACUUGGAAAGUCCUGUUCAUAUGUAAAAGAAGCCAAAAUGGAAGAAAAACUUUUUCAAAAUCCAUCGACUUCUGCACCAGGAAAACCUACAAGCAAAACAAAUAAUGUUUUUCAUCCACCUACAGCAGGUGCUUCACAAGACUCAUCUGAGUCUGUCACCAGCCAGCCAGUUCAGCAAUCAAACAUUUCUACCCCCACACUUCCAAAAAGCAACUCUGACCAGUUCCUUACAACCCCAGAUGGUGAGGAGCAGGACAUAACCCAGGACAGAUCUGAGCUCAAGCACAGAGCGUCAAAGAAAGAUUUACUGGAGAUUGACAGAUUUACAAUAUGUGGAAAUCGCAUUGAUUAAUAGAUAACUUUCUACUAAAAUAGCUCAGGAGUUUUGGCACGGCAAAUAAUAUACUCUGGAGAAUUGUUUGCCAGAGGUGAUGGCAAAGUAUUUAUUAAGGUACAAAUAAUUUAUUGUUCACUAUAAACAAAUGUUUAUGUGUUCAGUUUCAUCCUGACCUGAAGCAUUUGGAUGAAUUCUACAAUUAAAAUAAACAUUGGCAGUUAAGUUACAAGAAGGCAGUCUCAUUUUUCAGCUUGUCCUAGUAGGUGGACCAGUUAUGACGCAGUACUCUGAUUGCAAUUGAGGCUGCAAAAUAAAUAUCGCUUUUUGAAGGAUUGGUUACAUCGUGCACUGUUCUUCCAGUAGGCUUUGGGAGGAGAAGGAAAUGCCUGUGAUGAAGGAAGAAAAUAAAGUGAUAUUUGAUGUUUAACUCUUUACGCUAAAGAGUUUCACAAAAACCAGACAAGCUCAGUAAUAUGGAUUGCAAGCAAAAUCAGUGCAUCAUUACAGUCAAUCAUGUUUUUAUUUCGGCCUUUUCCACCCCUUCAUUUGACAAGGAUGCUUUUGGCACUCGGAGUGAAGAAUGUAAAGCCAAAGACAUUGCUUAAGGUGAAUGUAGAAGAAAACAAUAUUCCAGCUGGUAAUGUAAGACUAUCUAGCUUUGAAAUGUUAUUAACUUCAAAGUAUAAAUGCAAAGGAUGGAUCUUAUAUCAAAUUAUGUGUUCGUGAGUGAAUGUACAAGUGUAUGUGCAUGUGUGCAUAUUCCUGCCGAAUGCCAGUAUGGAAGGUAAUGUCAGUAGUCACUUUUUAAUCUGUCUGCUUUAAGCCUUGAUGAAAAGAUUGUAGAUGUGGGUAUGUACGUGCCCUUGUGCAAUUAUGCAUAAACAUGUAUAUAAUCAAAAGCAAUUAUCACCUUCUAUGACUUGUUCUAUGUUGUUCAUCUACUUCUGAAUGAACUGAGAGUAUAUGCAGUGUUUGCUGUAGGCUUUCAUUCUGUUUUUUGCACUGAUCUACCAUACUGUCUUAUUCUGAAACAUACAAAAACAUUUCUCAGGUGCUUUGUAAUACUGAGCUUGCAAACAGAGUUUUAAUUUGUGCCCUCAAUGAGACAUUAAGAAGGCAGGGGUUUGUUAAGUGAGCCGAGAAUGCUUAAAACUCUAUACAGUUUUGUAGAAUUAAACUGAGGUUAUAGGAACUUACAUUUGCAGUUUGCUCAGUAUAUGUUGGUGCCUGCAGGGCAGACUUUUAUUGCAGUGUUUGAGGAGUCAAAUCUUUUAAAUGUCAGCUAAGCGUUCCAUUGCAGUUUUGUGUGGUUUACAAUGUAUAGUAACAGUAUAUUUCCUAUUCCUAGGUUGUUUUUGCCAUAGAAACACUGAAAAUAAAUCUGCCUUAAGACAAUGAAGCUGCAGAUCUCACCCUUAGUAAGAGAACAUUC